AUGUCUAUUACGACCCUUUAUUAUGUACAAUUAAAAAAAGAAAAUUCUCACGAUGAUUCAAUAUGGUGUUGUGGAUGGAGUAAUAUUAAACCAGAAAAGAAAAUAGAUGAGGAAAACAAGGAACAUUCGCAGGAUUCCAAUCCAGAACUGGAGGAUCCAAAAAGCUAUAUUAUAACUGGAGGCCUGGAUGAUAUGGUUAAAAUUUGGCAGCUAAUUGAUGGAAAACUAGAAGUGAAGCAUCAACUUGAUGGUCAUUCUUUAGGUGUUAUAUCAGUCGCUGUAAGCCCUGAUGGCAAAACCCUCGCCAGUAGUUCCCAAGAUGCAUCUUUGAUAUUAUGGGAUAUUGAAACUGGAGAGAAAUUAAAAACUAUGGACACUGGAGUAACAGAUGUAUGGACUUUAGAUUUUUCUCCUGAUGGAAAGAAUGUUGUAUCAGGAAGCAAUGCUGGAAAGAUUUUGAUAUUUUCAGUUGAAACUGGCAAAUUGGAACAGACACUAGAUACUAGGGGUAAAUUCACAUUGAGUGUUGCAUAUAGUCCUGAUGGUAAAUACAUUGCAAGUGGUGCUUUAGAUGGAAUUGUAAAAAUAUUUGAUGUAGCACAGGGUAAAUUAGUUCAUACCUUAGAAGGACAUGCAAAACCUAUAAGAAGUUUAUGCUUCUCGCCUGAUUCACAACUGCUAUUGACUGCAUCUGAUGAUGGACACAUGAAACUCUAUGAUGCAGUACAUGCAAACUUAGCAGGCACUUUGUCAGGCCACGCCUCAUGGGUCCUAUCUGUCGCUUUUUCUCCAGAUGGUAAAAGAUUUGUAUCUGGCAGUUCUGAUAGAACUGUACGAGUUUGGGAUUUAGAUACUAUGCAGUGCCAACAUGUAUUCAAAGAACAUGUUGAUCAGGUCUGGGGAGUAAGAUUUAAUGCAGAAAGCAAUAAAAUUGUUUCUGUUUCAGAAGAUAAAAGCAUAAAUAUUUAUGACUGUCCAUUAUAG